GUGGAGUGGGAUCGCUGUUCCGGGAGCCGGGACUACUUCGGCUUCCCAUUGAGAAAACGGCGGGCGCAGCGCAGCGCAGGGAUACGACAGGGUCGUGACCAGGUGUAUGACGCAAAGCAAACACGUCGCAGAGGAUGCCGUUAAUGUGCGUCCUAUUCUGGAGUCUAUCUGAAAAUUAAGGCCGCUUUCCUGCCUCCAAACUGAACUGCGUGCCUUCAAGGAUGGAGGACAGCGUGUGUGGAGAGACGGGACGACCGUGAGGUACCGAAAGAGAGCCUAAGAAAAUCAAGGAAAGCGGCCGUUCUGUGGGUCCGGAUUCUAACGGCGGCUAGCCACCUGCACGGUUAACGAACACUAACUUACCUCCCUAGCUGGCUUACUAGCUGCCUUGCCAGAAGCCUUAAUCACCUGCUGACCUUUCAUCUUUGGACUUCUGCAUAAAGCCGGGUCUCGGCCUCGCUGAUCACUCUCGCCAUGUCAGGAAGUUACACUCCGGUUCCAGGUGGACCCUUCUCAGCUCUGACCCCCAGUAUGUGGCCUCAGGACAUGCUGGCCAGAUGCUGCCAGGAGUCCCCCGAUGAACCUGAGGUGCAGUACGAUGAGUUCGGGUUUCGGAUUGAUAGUGAAGACGGUGUGGAAGUCCAGGACCCCCUCAGAGGUGACAGGUCACCCCAGCACGAGGACCCUCAGCAGAGGCUGCGCUGGCAGGCCCACUUGGAGUUCACCCAUAACCACACAGUGGGUGACCUGACCUGGGACCUGAUCUCCCCCUGCCUGCCCCGCUCCGACCGGCUGCGGGCGCUGGUUCUGGGGGGUAUUCCCCACAGUAUGAGGCCCCAGCUGUGGAUGCGACUCUCGGGGGCCCUUCAGAAGAAGAGGACGUCUGAGAUCUCCUACAGGGAGAUCAUCAAGAACAGCUCCAAUGACGACACUACUGCAGCCAAGCAGAUAGAGAAAGACCUGCUGCGCACCAUGCCCUCCAAUGCCUGCUUCAGCACCCUGACCAGCGUGGGCGUGCCCCGGCUCCGGAGGGUUCUGCGCGGCCUGGCCUGGCUCUACCCGGAUAUCGGCUACUGCCAGGGCACCGGCAUGGUGGCUUCAUGCCUGCUGCUCUUCCUGGAGGAGGAGGAUGCCCUGUGGAUGAUGUGCGCCCUGAUUGAGGACCUGCUGCCGCCCUCAUACUUCUCCUCCACGCUGCUGGGCGUGCAGACGGACCAGCGUGUGCUCAGACAGCUGAUCGUGCAGUACCUGCCCCACCUGGACCGGCUCCUGCAGGAGCAUGACAUUGAGCUGUCCCUCAUCACGCUGCACUGGUUCCUCACGUCCUUCGCCAGCGUGGUGGACAUACGCAUCCUCCUGCGCAUAUGGGACCUGCUCUUCUACGAAGGUUCAGUCGUGCUGUUCCAGGUCACACUGGGCAUGCUGAAGAUCAAGGAGGGGGAGCUGGUGUCCUCAGAGAAUUCCGCCUCCAUCUUUAACACGCUGUCAGACCUGCCUAGCCAGAUCGAAGAUGGCACGGCUGUGCUUGGGGAGGCAAUUCGCUUGGCGGGGGCCCUGUCCCAGGAGAACCUGGAUGCCCAGCGUCACAAGCACCUGGCCUAUAUCCUAGCUGAACAGGCCCAGCUGAACUCCAACAACUCGCACGCCCUCACUAGCAGCCUCAACAAGGUGGUGCGCAGGCAAAGCCAGCGCAGAAAGUCGACGCUCAGCUCGCUGCUCUUUGGGGAGGACGAGACCGAAGUGCUCAAGGCCAAGAAUAUCAAGCAGACGGAGCUGGUGGCCGCCCUGCGGGAGGCCAUCGGCCGUAUAGCCGAGCACUUCCACUGCCUAGACCCGCACAACUGCAGCGCCGACCUGACCCCAGAUUACUCCAUGGAGAGUCACCAGCGGGACCACGAGAAUUUCGCUGUGGUAUCGCGUAACAGGCGGCGACGUGCCAAGGCCCUGCUGGACUUUGAGCGGCAUGAUGACGAUGAGCUGGGCUUCCGCAAAAAUGACAUCAUUACGAUAAUCUCUCAGAAGGAUGAGCACUGCUGGGUGGGCGAGCUCAAUGGGCUCCGAGGUUGGUUUCCGGCCAAGUUCGUUGAAGUUCUCGAUGAGCGGAGCAAAGAGUACUCGCUGGCUGGGGAUGACUCUGUGACUGAGGCUGUCACUGACCUCGUCAGGGGGACCCUCUGCCCAGCCCUGAAGGCCAUCUUCCAGCAUGGUCUGAAGAAGCCCUCGAUACUAGGUGGUCUCUGCCACCCCUGGCUCUUCAUUGAGGAGGCUGCCAGCCGGGAGGUGGAGCGCGACUUUAACUCUGUCUACUCCAGGCUGGUGCUCUGUAAGACCUACAGGUUAGACGAGGAUGGCAAGGUGCUGACCCCAGAGGAGCUGCUCUACAGGGCUGUACAGUCUGUGAACAUGAGCCACGACUCUGCACACGCCCAGAUGGACGUCAAGUUCCGCUCGCUCAUCUGCGUCGGCCUGAACGAGCAGGUACUGCACCUGUGGUUGGAGGUUCUCUGCUCCAGCAUGGCGGCGGUGGAGAAAUGGUACCAGCCAUGGUCCUUCCUCCGCAGCCCAGGUUGGGUCCAAAUCAAGUGUGAGCUGAGGGUCCUGUCCAAAUUUGCCUUCAGCCUCUCACAGGAUUGCGAACUGCCUGCAAAGAAGGAGACCUCUCCCGUCCUGAAAUCAGGAGUGGUGGACAUGUUGGUCAAACAUCACCUCUUUAGUUGGGAUCUCUAGCUAAUUGGCAAACACCUAGCCUGGCUGCCUAGUGACCGCUGCCAUGGCGAUAAUGAUUCUGUUGCUGGUGGGUGUAGGUGUACUACAUUACGUCGGGUGCUGGCCUUUUCUCUUUGGCUGCCCACGCUACGGUUUUCUCAACUAAUUUACUGUUAGCGGCUUGCUAACCACUUGCUUGCAUGCAGUGCAUCAGUAGACGUCUGACCUUUCUUCCUCAGAUGUGAUACAGUAAGUUUCUGGAGUUUCCUUCCAUUAUAAACUGAGAAUCGGCGCCAGCCUUUCCUUCGAGUGAGUUGCAUCCUUAGCGACUCGCUUGCUAAGCUGCACACUGACCAUUAACUAACGACUAUACCGCAGUUGUAUUUACUCCGCCACUUGAUAUGGGGAAACGCUGACACUGACAUCCAUAUUCACUGUAUUAGUCACGUUUACAUUUGCAGCCGUUAAGCAGAUGCUUUGUCCAAGGUGACGUUUGAGGGAGGCAGAUCACGCAGUACAGACGUCCUGCUGUCAGAGAGCCAUCUAGGCUGUGCCUUCGCCUGCGAUGAAUAAUCAGUAAGAAGUGUGAGAUCAUUACGGGACGAGAGCUGUACAAACUCUGCUUAGAAC